AUGUCAAUAGAAGCACACCCAACGGUACAAGGAUGCCUCGUCUCGUUUCCAACCCCUCACAUCCUCCUCCUCACACUCAACCGCCCAGAGAAACGAAAUUGCAUAUCUCUCGCGACGAGCGACGAAAUACAACGCCUAUGGACAUGGUUCGACACACAGCCUGCACUACAUGUGGCCAUUAUUACCGGCACGGGCGAAUCCUUUUGUGCGGGCGCUGACCUCAAGGAAUGGAACGACCUCAACGCGCGUGGUAUCACCAACGAAAUGACAGCCCCCGGGUUAGCCGGUCUCCCUCGCCGUCGAGGCCGCAAACCAAUCAUCGCCGCCGUCAACGGACACUGUCUCGGAGGCGGCUUCGAGAUGGUAGCCAACUGCGAUAUCGUGGUCGCCAGCGAAAACGCCACCUUUGGCCUCCCCGAAGUGCAACGAGGAAUCGCCGCUGUCGCAGGCUCGCUACCUCGGCUGGUGCGCGUGCUGGGUAAACAGCGAGCCGCCGAAAUCGCCUUGAGUGGGCUGAGCUUUUCUGCAUCCCAGCUUGAGCGUUGGGGGCUGGUGAAUCGCGUGGUGGAGCAUGGCCGGUUAUUGGCGACGGCGGUGGAGAUUGCAACCGCCAUCUCGAGAAAUAGUCCGGACAGUGUGCGUGUUACGAUGGAGGGGCUGCAUUACGGGUGGGAAAUGGCCAGUGUGGAAGAGGCUAGUAGUGCGCUGGUUGACCGGUGGUAUGCAAAGCUCAUGGCAGGCGAAAAUUUCCACGAGGGAGUACGAGCAUUUGUGGAGAAGCGAAAGCCACGGUGGAGGCCGUCUAAGUUAUGA